AUCAUACUGCGAUUGCGUCAUCUGAAAUGUCAAAAAACGCGGUAAUAAUAUAAUAUUGUGAAAAAUUUAUUUUGUGUUGUGAAAAAAUUACAUGAAAAAUUAAAUAAUGCAGAAAUUUCAAAGAAUUAAACGUGAAUUAUUUCGAAUGAAUUCGACUCCAACACAAGGAAUUUCUUGUACACCAAAAGAUGAAAAUACACUAGAUGUUUUGACUGCUGUUAUAAUUGGACCACAAUGCACACCAUAUGAAAAUGGAACAUUUCAAUUGGAAAUUCAUAUACCCGAUAAAUAUCCAUUUGUACCACCAAUGAUAAAAUUCGUAACACCAAUAUAUCAUCCAAAUAUCGAUAAUGCUGGACGAAUUUGUAUGGAUAAUCUAAAAAUGCCACCGAAAGGAACAUGGGCCCCACAAAUUGCCUUAGAGAAUCUAUUAAUAAGCAUUCGUUUAUUGAUGACAAAUCCAAAUCCUGAUGAUCCUUUGAUGCCUGACAUCGCUGAGGAGUAUAAAAGCUCACGUGAACAAUUUGAAUCGAAAGCACGUGAAUACACAAAAAAAUAUGCGAUUAUUGGUGAGCCAAGUACGUUACUUAGGAAACGAGACAAGGAGUUAACGCAUACGGUGGUUGAGGAUAUUUCUGGUGAUACAGCUCGGGUGGACGAACAAAAACGAUUUGGUCAAGAUAAAAUGGAUUAGAAAUGAUAUUUAGGUGUUAGGCUUUUGUUAUUUUUGUUUUAUUUAUGUGAAAA